AAGUAUUUAUUGUACUCUAUGGCGUGACAUGGCCGCUGCGUGCAUAUGUGUUUGUGUUCCGUAAUACUUGUUUUUGUGUUUGCAUUGCGUUGGCGGUCUUGUUGGCGUCGCCGUGCCGUGUUUUGAUCCACGGAUUUCGAUGGAGCCAAAAUGGUUGAGCCCAUCUUUGACUAUCAGUUCCGGCUGAUACUGAUCGGCGACAGCACUGUCGGCAAGAGCACGCUGCUCAAGGCGUUCACCGACGGCAAGUUUCACGACGUAUGCGAUCCCACUGUCGGCGUCGACUUCUUCGCGAGGCUCAUCGAAGUCAAGAAGGAUGUCAGGGUGAAGCUUCAGCUGUGGGACACUGCCGGACAGGAGCGAUUUCGUUCCAUUACGCGCUCCUACUACCGCAACUCGGUGGGCGCCCUUCUUCUGUACGACAUAACCAGGCGAUCCACCUUUGAGCACCUGGUUGACUGGCUGUUCGAAGUCAAGCGACACAUUGAGCCACAGAAGGUCAUCUACCAGGUGGUAGCAUGCAAGGCAGACAUGGAGGUGUCGCGGGAGGUGAGCACCGAGGAAGGCCAAGCAUUUGCCGAGUUUUAUGGAGCCAAGUUUGUUGAAACGUCGGCCAAGACGGGACUCAAUGUGGAGCGAGCUUUUGAGACAAUCGCGCGCGACAUCUACGCGAAGGUGGAGUCUGGCGAGUUCCAGCUCGAGGAUGGCUGGGACGGUGUCAAGAUGGGCUUCCUGCGACCUGGACUGCCUGGAUGCUACAUUGACUUGCUGGAGGCCAAACCAGAAUCUCCGAGCUGCUGCUAGACCAGCGGAAC